AUGUAAUAGGAUUUUUAAUAACAAUAAACAUAAAUUAAUGGGAUCUAUAGUUUAUGGUCAGGAAUAGAUGAUGAAGAAUAAAAAAGAGAAAAUAAAAAACCUUUAAAAUAAGCUCAUCCUUAAUUCUCAUAACUCACUGAUAAACAAAAACUUAGAAAACAAAUAUUGAACAAUAAUAAAAAGAAUAAAGGAAAACUUAAGGGGGAAGGUUAAGUCUAACAUGAAGAUUUUGAAUCUAACUAAACACAAAUUCAAGUAUUCCAAUAGUCAUUUUUCUAUAGCAAUUAAAAUAUGAAACUAAGCCAUAAUUUGUUCUAUUAGUAAAACCUAAUAAUGAAGAAAUUUAAAUUGAUUUAGAGUAAUAUAUAGAUGAAUAAGUAAAAUUUUAAAUUUUAAAUAAUAGUACGCAAUUUAGGGAAACAAUUCAAAAGUAUCUUACUUUAAGUAAGAGAGUGAUUUUGGACAUACAGAAUAUAAGUUAAGAUUAGUAGAUCCAGAUCCCAAGAGAUUGACUCAUUUAACAACAUAGAUGAAUUAUAGGUAAACAUUAUUUUGAUAAUAUAGAUUAUCAGAAGGAAAUGGUAUGGCAUAUUAUAAAAUUGGAGUAGAAGAUAGUGGUAAUCCUUUAGGAUUAAAUAAAUCUGAUAUGCUUGGUUCUUUAAGAACUUUAUGUUCUAUGGCUUAAUCUUUAAAAGCUGAAUUAAUUGUUGUUGGAAUAAAUUAAGGUACAAAUGGAAAAACAAGUGAAGUAAUUGUUAGAAAAGGAUUGAAAGAUGGGAUUAAUUUAGAUAUUCGUAUUUUACUAUUAGGUGAAAGUGGAUCAGGUAAGACUUCAUUAUUGGGAGUAUUAAGUACAGGACAAUUAGAUAAUGGUUAAGGAUUAGCAAGAAUGAAGUUUUUAAAAAAUAGAUCUGAAAUCACAUCAGGUAAAACUGAAAGAGUGUCUCAUACAGUAAUAGGGUUUGAUAGUGAAGGCAAAAUUAUGAAUCAUCAAAAUUAAUUGAAUUUUAAUUCUACAUGUAUGGUAGAAAAAUUAGUAGAUUUAUCAACUAAAUUAAUUACUUUUAUCGAUAUGGGAGGAACUAAAAGAGCUCAUAAUUAAAUGAUUUAAAUUAUUAAUUCUUAAUUUCCAGAUUAUGCUCUAUUAACUAUAUCAUCCUUAUAACCAAUAGGAAAACCAACAAUGGAUUUCCUUAAAUUAAUACAAAUUUAAUAAAUACCUUUUAUGAUUGCAAUUACACAUGUUGAUAAAAUGGAUGAAUAUUUUUAUAUGGAUAAAGUAGAAUAAUUAAAAGAUAUGAUAACUAGUCUAUAAAUUUAAAGUGUUCCCAUUGUCGUAAGAUCUGAAGAAGAUGUUGUAUUGUUUAGUAAAUAAAUAUUGAGCAAAACAUUAAUCCCAAUAUUUUUAAUUUCAAACUUAAAAUAAAGAACAUUAGAUUAUUUCAUCAAAUUCUUAAAUUUAUUACCUUCAACAAAUGAAUUAACAAAUAAUUCAAACUUAGAUUCUGAAUAUUGUAUUCAUAAUGUUUUUGAAAUCAAUAAUCAAAAAGUUUUAGGUGGUACUGUUUUAAAAGGAGUCAUUAGAGUUAAAUAGAUAUUAUAAAUGGGUCCUGAUAAACAUGGCCGAUUUUUUCCUAUUGAAAUAGAGGAAAUUUAAUGUAAUAGAGUUCAAGUAAUAUAUAUAAAUUUUAUUUAUAAUAGGUUAAAUCAGUUUAAUGUGGAUAAAUUUGUACUAUUCGUUUUAAAUAAGGAACUUUAACAUAACAAUUUGGAUCUGAUUAAAAUCCUGUUAGAAGAGGAAUGGUUCUAAUUGAUAGUAAGAGUAAUCCAUAAGCAGCAUGGGAUUUUUUAGCAGAAAUUUGGUUAUUUGAUGAUCAAAAAGAUUCAAAAAAAAUAGCUGCUAGUUUUGAACCAGUUAUAAAUACAUAAUGUACUAGGUAAUUUAAUAAAUAAAUAUAUUAGAUAAAUAUGUAAAAUUAUAAGAGAAGAAUAAUUAUAAUUUGAAUCUUUAAAGUUGAGGAAAUAAUAGUCAAAAUCUAUUGAUGAGUCAUCUAGAUAAAAUUAAGAUAGAUAAUAAUAGAGAUUACCAUAUAGAAAAUAAAGUGAAUAAAUUAAAAAGGCAAGUAGUUCAAGCAAUCUUAAUAAAUCAUAUAGAAGUCCAAGGAGGAAAAGUAGUUAAAAUAAAGAAACAUUUGUAGAUGAGGAUUCGAAAAAAAUAGAUUUAUUUGUUAUUAGUGAAAAAAAUGAUAAGCCUUAAGAAUUUAUAGAACUCUAACCAAAAAAGCCUAAUUUUAUUCGAUUAAAAUUUAAAUAUUAUCCAGAAUAUAUUACAAAAGGAAUGAAAUUAAUAAUUAAUGAUAACGGAUUUUAAGCUUGGGGAUUUAUUAAAUAUAUAAAUUAUUGA